AGCAAACACCUCUCCUUCAAGUUAGCACCGACCCAAACAAGCAGGAAACAGGAAAUGUUCCCGUUUCGGGGCGGCUGCAGCCCCGCGCAGCACGCCGAGCGCGCCGAGAGGUGACAUGCCGGCCGCCCGCGCCGCCCGCGCCUGUGCCCUGCUGCUGCCCGCGCUCGCGCGUCUCGCCCGGGGUGAUUCUGAGCCAUCAGAAUAUUCAGGAGACUCAACGAGUGAAGAGAUAAUUUCAAGCACGUUUGCCACAGUGACCACAGAAACAUUCAUUGCAGAUACGAAUUCCACUUUCAUUGCUGAGGAUGCAAAUCAGUUAGAAUUUAUAUUAAUGGUGUUGAUCCCGCUGAUUUUAUUGGUCCUCCUACUUCUAUCAGUGGUACUCCUUGCAAUAUACUAUAGAAGAAAAAGAACUAAAAAAGAGUCUUCUAGUCAAGGAUCUCAAAGUGCUUUACAGACAUAUGAACUGGGAAGUGAAAACCUGAAAGUCCCCAUUUUUGAAGAAGAUACACCCUCUGUUAUGGAAAUAGAAAUGGAAGAGCUUGAUAAAUGGAUGAACAGCUUGAAUAGAAAUGCCGACUGUGAAUGUUUACCUACUUUGAAGGAAGAGAAGGAAUCAAACCACAGCCCAAGUGAUAAUGAAUCCUAAAGCUGAAUGGUGCUGAUGUUUUCCAAGAGAAGCAGCCCUGAGGGAACUUGCUGGGCCAACAGAUGAAGAGGAUAUCAAUUUAAUUAAUUUCAAAUCAACAUACACAUAAAAACCUUUUGCCAUUUCUUCCAACGCCCACUCUUCCUAAUGAUGCCAUCCCUUAUGCUCAGAAGAACGUGCAGUUGAGAAGUACUAGGAAGAGGCCUGGCUGCCACCCACCGCUGCCUGUGAGGGCGGAGAGGGAGCCAGCCAUGCCCCACCUCCGAGGCCACUUCCAGCUCCCCUGCGUUUUUGCUACCUUGCUGCUUCCUUCUCGUGGUUUAAAUCAGGAAGUUGUUUUAUGUAUGGUUUCCUUUUGGGCCACCUUCUUACCUAACCAGCUUUGGAUAAUUUCCUCUGAUUGUUCAAGUCCUCUGACAGGUAAAUUAUAUUCAGCAGGAACUUUUCCAAAGGAGCGUUGUGUCUUGGAAGGGACACCAAACAAAGCAAGCAUUUCAACACUUCACCUUCCUGGGGGGUGGUGAGCGCUCCCUGCCAAGAAGAUGGGUGACAGAGUCCACAGUCCCAGUGAGAUGUCGUUUGGUGAUUUGUAGACCCUGAUCAGCCAGGUCGUGUCACCUUUGGGAACUUUUCAGAGGAUCUAGGAAUCUUCCAGGACAGAAAACAUGUUUUCCUCUGCCGAAAGCACCUGUCCUUGUCAACAUUUCCCCAAAGCUCUAAGUAGUUGCUUCCCUACGACGUCUCACUGGUGUCUGGUAUGUGGGGAGGGAGUGUGUGUGUGUGUCAUGGCGGGGGGGUCAUCUGUCACCCUUCUGUGUCUCAGAGAUCUCUAAGGUAGUUUGAAACAAAUAGAAUAGGAGCAGGAAAUACCUGUGCCUGUGGGAUCUCACUCACCAGGCUCAGCAUUCUUUCCCGCCAACCUGGGACAAGGCUCAUGUCCUCAACACAGCACUCCAGGAGGCCACUAUCAGGCUAUCUGCAAUGACAGCCUGGGUUGGUACUGAUUGACAUCCUUGUCCUAAAAGCAAUGGUGUAAAAUGCCGAAGGGCCCACUGCCCCCUCCCACUCACACAAAAUCAAUCUUCACUUUAUCCUUAAUUUUCUAAUUUUCUGAUCUUUAAAGCAAUCUAGCAAAUUGGGAGUACUCAGUUCUUCUAGGCCACCUGACAUUUUAUUCCAGGACAGAAAGAAAGAAGGAUAACUCUUUCUUUUUACUACCCCAUCUAACCUGAGGGGGAUGGGAUCAAUUAAACAUUUGCUGCUAAAUUUUGGGUUUUGUGGUUCGAAAGGCUAACUCAAUGCAGAAAGAAGAAACCUGCCCCUCUUCCAUGUUUUCAGGAUACCUUUAAUAAGUAUUUGCCUUCUGAACCAUGCUGAUAAUUGUAAAGGCAGAAAUGCAAACCACAGGGACCUUUCCAUACAAUGAAAGACGUGACUGUCUGGGGCUGUGUAGCGUAGAGACAAAAAACAGUCUUCAGGGCUGUAACUUGCAGAUUUUUCUGUCAUGUUCUCAUCAGCACAUCGAAUAUGGCUUUGUGUUCCUUGCUAUCCUGCACACCCAUAUUCAACUGUGGCCCACAGUGACUCUCAGAUAUUUAUGCCAAAAUUGCUGUUUUCUGAAUCAUAACUUGUCUGUUUUUCUGCCUACAUUUGCCACUUUCAGUUUGUUUCACGUCAACAUUUUGACUCACAGAAGGGGCUCUGUGUCUUUUUUUCUCUCUAGGAAAGAGAAUACUCAGGCCUUUCAAUUUGAUCCAAUCCUAUCAAAUAAUGAGAUUUUUAAGUUCAAAGAAGUGAACAGGGUCCAGGAAUCUUGCUUUGAUGAAGUUAUAUUGUAUGCUGUGAUACAAAAUAUUCUCAUUUAGUACUUUAAAUACUUUUGAAUUCCAAAAGAAGGAAAUUUCAUCAGUAUGUCAUUUGUAUAUGCAGUUUAUAUAUGACUAAUCUGACAGUGUACCAGGUACUUUUUAUUUCACUUUGUUAUUAUUUUUUUUGAGACAGAGUCUUACUGUGUCACCCUCGGUAGAGUGCUGUGGCAUCACAGCUCAAAGCAACCUCAAACUCUUGGGCUUAAGCAAUUGUCUUGCCUCAGCCUCCCAAGUAGCUGGGACUACAGGCCCCUGCCACAAUGCCCGGCUACUUUUUUGUUGCAGUCGUCAUUGUUGGUUAGCUGGCCCAGGCCAGGCUUGAACCCGCCAGCCUCAGUGCAUCUGACGCUGUAACCACUGUGCUAUGGGCGUGGAGACACUUUAUUAUUAUUAUUUAUUAUUAUUUUUUUGAGACACAGUCUCACUUUGGUGCCCUUGGUAGAGUGCUGUGGCAUCAUAGCUGACAGCAACCUCAAACUCCUGGGCUCAAGCGAUCUUCUUGUCUCAGCCUCCCAAGUAUCUGGUACUACAGGCGCCCACUAUAACACCCAGGUAGUUUUUUAGAGACGGAGUCUUGCUCGUACUCAGGCUGGUCUCGAACUCCUGAGCUCAAGCAAUCUACCUGCCUCAGCCUCCCAGAGUGCUAGGAUUACAGGUGUGAGCUACUGCCCCCCGCCUUUACAAGGUACUUUUUAAAAAGAGAGUAUAUUCUGGCAAGAUAUAAGAAGUUAGUAUGGGUCAAACCAGCGGUCUGUGUCUUUUUAUUCAGUCAUAUCAUAUAUUUGUGACAAGUUAAAGAAUUGCUUUUAAGCCCAAACUUAAUGUUUUAGGUUAUUGUUAAAAAAAAAAAAAGCCUCAUUAAUUUGCCCUAAUCAUAUAGCCAAUCUGAGCAAAAUCUGACUUUAGAAUAUUUUAAAGAUUUGUAAAGUGUACUGCAUUUUUGUACAUUUUAAGCAAACUAGGUAAACAGCGUUGCCCAGUUGAACUCUUCAGGAAAUUUGUUCUAAUAAAUAUGUAAAAAUAUCCAUCACUGACUCAACUCAGUGAUGUGACUUCUGUCCACAGGAAGGACAUUGCUAUUGGAUGCAAACGCACAGCCUGGAUCAGCCUUGGUGUCUGUAGAAUGGCAGGGGUUUCUGCUGCUCACUGCAGCUCCAGCGAGUACAAAAGCUUACUUCUGGCUAUUCUUUUAUUUGGGUUUUUUAAACCAUUAAUUCACACCAUCUCUGAAAAAAGGCCUUUUGUUGAGUAAACAUAAAACCCCAGACUUUAGUUUCAGCUUCUGCCAGAAUGAGGACCAAUUCUGAACUUAGUGGAGUGGUAAGACCUGGCUUCACGUGGGAAGGCACUGCUGAGAUUCUCCUCGUGGGGAGCACAUUGCAGUUUUAUACUGAGUUAAAUUAACAUGUGACUUUUUCACAUGCAGAAGGUGCUCAGGAUGAAUUCUGGGGCUUCCACUUAAUAGCUACAACAGGCAGUCCAGAGCAGUGUCACUUACAGAAGCGUUUCUGUAACAUCUGCCAUAUGACACCAGCCAGAUUCCUGUAUAUGAAUGUGGGAUGGAAAUCAGUCAAAUUGCAUAACCUCAGCAACCAAUUGCCUGAAUUGUGUAUUUUGUUUCUUAGUAAGGCCCAGGAUAGGUUUGAACUCACUGCCCCGGUCUGUGAGGCCGCACUCUAACCACUGAACGCACUACCCAGCUUGAAUUAUGUAUUUUUUUUGAGCAGCUUUUUGGCAUUGCCUUGGUACUAUCUUGUCAGGCGCCAAAAUGCUCUUAGUCCUCUUGGGGAUUGUUAUUUGUACGUAUCUGGUGUUUUGUUUUGUUUUUCACCCUACUAUCUUUUCUGAAUAAUGUGUCAUGCUCAUAUGGUAACAAUCCAUACUAUUAUGUAAAGUAGAGCUUUGUAUGAGCUCCGUACAUGCUUUUUGAAUGAUAUUUUAAGAAGUUACAUUUCUAAACCAAAGUGAUUAAGAUAAUACGUGCAAGAUUAGAAGGAUAAUGUAGAACUGUUUAAGACAACCAGGGGUGAAUGGGUUUUUUGUUUUGUUUUGUUUUUGUGGUGGUUUGGUUUUUUUUUUUAUUUCUUUGGGUAGUUUUUCUUGCUUAUUUGUUUUUUGUUUAUUUUUACAAUCAGACUUUGGGUGCACAGGGCUUCGGUAAUGAUACUUUUCACUUUAUACCACAUUAUCAUCACUGGCCUUUAGAGCUUUGUACAUAAGUAACUGGAUUUUUAAUAACAGCACAUUCUUCACAGUUUUCAUGUCUUUGGUCUGCUGUAAAGGACUACAUGAAUGAUAUGUAGCUACAACCUUAAAGUCAGCAACAUUUUUCCCCGUGUAAAAAGCAGUUGAGAGUGAGCCUGGUAUAACUCAGACUCGGGGGGGAAGCCCUGAAAUUACAAAUAACAUGAGGAACGUGUGAAAACUCUGCGUGUGGAACAAAGGCAUGCUUUCCAGAAGGACAGGGAUUAGAGGUGUUGGACCAGUUAAAAAAUAAGCUGGUGGGUCAGUAAUAACUUAAAUACAUGCGUAUUUAAAGUUAACUGACAAUAAUGUAAAAAGAUAUAUAUUGUGUUUGGCGCUCUUCCAUUUUGUAAGCAAUGCAAAGCGGUUCCUCAGGAAGUCGGUUCCAUUAUCACAUGUCAUAUUUAUCAUUUAGCUUCUGUCCGGCAAUAUGUACAUUCUACUGUGUAAGCCUCAUGUAAGAAAUGGUCCCAUUGCUACUGAUUAGAACUGACUAGUAAAACUAAUGGUCUAUCUUAAAACGGACUGAAGGUUUUUAGGAGUUUUUCUCCCACUUGGCAUGCUGCGAAUAAUAUAUGUAAUAAUAUUUUUCCUUUAUGAUUUGCAACUUUAUAGAUGACAGGCAUACAUGUACAUAUUUGUAUACAUUAUUCUACUCUCAACUGCAUGCCUUUUUAAUAAAAAGAAAUAAUUUCAUA